AUGACUCUAGUGCAGGCCUUGGGAGGUAUUGCUCAGGAGCCAGUUGAAGGACAACUGGUGCUGCCUUUCAAGCGUGGAUCUGCAGGCUGUGGAAAUCACUCCGUUCCAUGCUUGAUACUCCAUCCCUUCACCAAUGACCCUCAGCCCUGUUUCUGCCUGGCCUCUGCCCUCAGGUGCAGAGGAAACAGUCGUGUUCAGAUAACACCUAGACAACAAGAGAAGGCGAAAGAGAAAAUGACAGAUAUUACUUUGGGGCUGAAAGUGUUGAGAACAGAAUGUGCACUGCUGGCAGUGAUGUCUUAUGACCGGUAUGUGGCGGUCUGCAAGCCCCUGCACUACUCCACCAUCAUGACCCAACAGAUGUGUCUCCAGUUGACCAUAGGAUCCUGGGUCAGUGGGGCACUAGUGUCUCUGGUGGACACCACCUUUACUUUCCAACUUCCCUAUGGAGGGCAGAACAUUAUCAAUCACUACUUUUGUGAACCUCCUGCCCUCCUGAAGCUGGCUUCAGCAGAUACCUACAGCACAGAAAUGGCAAUCUUUGCAAUGGGUGUGCUCAUCCUGCUCGCUCCUGUCUCCCUGAUCCUUGUCUCCUACUGGAAUAUUAUCUCCACUGUGAUCCAGAUGCAGUCUGGGGAGGGUACGCUUAAGGCCUUCUCCACCUGUGGCUCCCAUCUCAUUGUUGUUGUCCUCUUCUAUGGGUCAGGAAUAUUCACCUACAUGCGGCCAAACUCCAAGACUACAAAAGAGCAAGAUAAGAUGAUAUCUGUGUUCUAUACAGUGGUGACUCCAAUGUUGAACCCUAUAAUUUACAGCCUGAAAAACAAGGAUGUCAAAAGAGCUCUUAGGAAACUAGCUGGAAGAAAGUCCUUUUCACAGAGACAGUGA